UAAAGCAUGUCUGUCAAAUUCAACCAAUCAGAAUGCGUGUUCUUGGCACGCAUCCUGGUUCGCCGGUCGUGUUGCCGUUUGCAAAAGGGGAAGCGGCUACGGAGGCAUCGUCGGCGGUGCGGAGAUAUGAACCCCAGGGACAAUGUCGAGACAGGAGAGACGGAAACCCCGGAGAUGUCCUAUAUGGCGAUUCCAAAUAAAACACCGUGCAAGAAGGAGCAGGAGAAGCUGUCAGGAGUCGUCAAAAACGUUCACAGGAAACUGCGCAGGAAAUACAGAGAGGUGGGUGACUUCGACAAGAUCUGGCGUGAGCACUGUGAGGAUGAGCAGACACUGAGCGAGUACGCCCUCGCCAUGAAGAAUCUUGCAGACAACCAUUGGACCAAAAAAUGCGAAGGGGAAGGCCGCAUCGAUUGGUGUCGCAGUGUCUGUCAAGAAUAUUUCUUGGAUGGUGGGAUGAAAAGAAUGUUAGAAAAGGAUGAGAAAAGUGCCACACUUGCCAUGGGUCUGACUGCAGCAUCUAUAAGGGCCCAGGCAUACAGCACCAUCCCCAGUUCAAUCUCUCAGCUUGGGAAAAUCCGCCUUCUGGAUGUGGGAAGCUGCUUCAAUCCAUUCCUGAGGUUCGAUGAGUUCCUUACAGUCGGUAUUGACAUAGUGCCUGCAGUUGAGAGUGUGUACAAGUGUGACUUCCUGAACCUUCAGCUCCAGCAGCCUCUCCAGCUGGCAGGUGAUGCAGUAGAGGCCUUCCUCCGCCAGCUCCACAACCCCAUUGAUGCUCUGCCCGCUCAGCUCUUCCACGUAGUGGUCUUCUCCCUUCUCCUCUCCUACUUUCCCUCGCCAUACCAGCGUUGGAUCUGCUGCAAGAAGGCCCACGAGCUGCUGGAGCUGCACGGCCUGCUGCUCAUCAUCACACCUGACUCCUCCCACCAAAACCGCCACGCCCUCAUGAUGCGCAGUUGGCGGGUGGCGGUGGAGUCGCUGGGCUUCAAGCGCUACAAAUAUAUCAAGUAUUCCCACAUGCAUCUCAUUGCUUUCCGCAAGGUAUCUCUAGCCACCACCACCGACCUGGUGUCUCGCAACUACCCCGAGAUGCUCUACAUCCCUCAGGACUUUAACUCCAAUGAGGAGGAAGACUGUGCCGACAUUUCGGCGCAUGUGCGCUCUGAGUUCGAAGAUGACCAGCUGGCUUGGGGUUUCUCGGAGCUCCCGGACACGCCGUACGAUUCAGAUUCUGGGGAGAGCCAGAGCAGCUCCCUGCCUGGCUUUCAUGAGUUCGAGGACCCCAUACUGCUUCAGAGCUAGGCUAAACCAGCACCCACCCCCCCUCCUCCUCCAGCAGCCCUUCUGUACCGUCUCCUCCCCUUCUACUGCUGCGCUGCCAAAUUUUAACCUGCUGCAUUCUUCUCCUUUCCCCCUUUGAAAAAAAAAAUGCAGUUUGCACAGUG